AUGGCGAUUAGACCAUUUUCUUACGUCUGUUAUGCCAUCAUCAUGAUUAUCAUCAGUUGCCAUUCUUCACUAGCAGCUCUACCAUUAGAAUUUGUCGAAGAGCCGUUAGCUGAAGUUUUAACUAUCUCUGGCAGCUCGGUGAUACUUAAUUGCCAAGCUAAUGAUCCACAAAGCAAUGUACAGUGGUACAGAAAUGAUCAACUAUGGACCAAUAGUCAAGCAGUUUUAAAUAAUCAUUCAUUAUGGAUACAACAAGUUAAUCAAUCUACCAUUGGCAAAUACCAAUGCCACGCUAGUAGCAACAAUUAUACCAUAGUUAGCCGCUAUGCUGCUAUCAAGUGGGCAACUAUCGGAGAAUUUGCUAUCAAUAUGACGAGCGAAAUCAUGGCAUUUGUUGGCCACCCAUUAACUAUACCUUGUUUUCCACCUAGCAGUAAUCCACCAGCUAUAAUAUCAUUUCGAAAUAAAGGUGUUGAGGUCGUCCAAUCUAGUCGAGUUCAAGUUCUCUCAUCAGGUUCAUUAUUCAUUGCCAAUGUCACCCGACAAGAUCGUGGCAAGUAUAAAUGUUUCGCAAAAAAUCCUCUACUACCAAAUCAAGAGAAAAAUAGCGGACCACUCCGCACUCUGGUGACUGUUCAAAAUACAAAUAAAUUACAUAAUACAAUCUCUUUUACUACUUUACCUCGUGAUGUUACUGCUCGAGUCAACACGGAUGUUGUUCUUGAUUGCGUCCCACAAGCUGAUCCAGAAGCAGCUGUCCAUUGGCAAAAAAUUGAUGGAGUAAUGCCACAGGGACGCUAUUUCAUUCAAAAUGAUAAUCUUGUCAUUCAGCGUGUACAAUUAUCGGACAGUGGUCAUUAUCGAUGUACAAUAACAAACAGAGCAGGAUCAACAUCAGCAACUGCGCUACUUUCUAUUGAAGCUCCACCUGAAGCCUACUUACCUCCAGAAACCAAAACUUAUGUAGGUGCUGAUAUCGAUUUAAAUUGUUCCGUAACUGGAUCAGCCGUUACUGCUGUGCAAUGGUUCCAAAAUGGUGUUAAACUAAUUCGUACAGACUUUAAUUCUCGCAUUCGUAGCAACUACAAUCAUCUCUAUAUACGUAACGUUAAUAAAGGAGAUGAAACUAUAUAUCAAUGUGUUGCUUUCAACCAAUUUGGCAGUUCUCAAGUUAUAACUUAUUUGAAAAUUUCGCCAGGGCGUCCAGUGCUACCAUCUUCAUCUACUCCUGCAACAUUAACAACAAAUCCCUCUACAAGCCAAUCAGCUAGCAAUCAAUUGACCAUAUGGCCUUGGAUUAAUACUGUACCCAUAAUUACAUUUAUAAGGCAAGAAAGCAAGACUAAUGCAACAAUGUUAUGGAAGUUUCCAUCCAGCGAUAGACGCUAUGUCAAAUCAUUUACUAUUAGGUUUGGCAUAAGAGCUAACUUUAAAAAUGAUAGAACGAGUGAUUAUAGUAAAAGCGCAGAAAUUCAAUUGAUAGAACGAAUUAUGCCUCCAGUAGUGGUUCCAUAUAUUAGUCAUACAUCCUGGAUUCAAUCCAAGGCCAUCGAUAUCUAUUGGACACUAAGACCACAAACGAUUACCCAAGAAGUAAUUACUCAUUAUAGACUAUGCUAUAUGGUAAUCGAUGACAAGAGUUAUGCAAUGCGUAACAUGAAGUACAUCAAAUUUGACAAUGUUGGCCUUUAUGAAUAUCGGCUUUAUGGAUUAUCGCCAAAUCAUACGUAUAUUACAGCUUUGCAAGCAAUUAACGGCCAAGGAAGAGGAAAAUUUAGCUUAUUCUACGUUAUUAAAUUAAAUUCAGUUACACAGCCUACAGUUAGUACCAAGAAUCCUCUAAUCUACAGCGAAACUAAUCCAGCAACACAAACUAUCAUAGAUGAUGAUACCUUAACAAAAGAUGAUUUAGUUAUUUUUACCGUUGUCAUUGCAGCAUGCGGUAUAGUUACAAUCGCUGCCAUCGUAUUAAUUGUGCAUGUUAUCAAGAAAAGACAUAGAAUACCCCAAUCUAGAAAAGGAGCAAGUAUAUUUCAACACGAAUCCGAACGCGGUGAAGAAAUCCAAAUUGUUAGGACAAAUGCAGUAGUUCAAUAUCAAACUGAUGGAGCCGUUGAAACAUCAAUCAUUAGAAAUACUCUGAUUGAAUCAAAUCAUGGCAGUUCCAGCAAUAUCGAUAAAACGGUCGAUGCAGAUUCCCUUAAUGAACAAUCACCUGCCCCAGCCUUAGAAAGUGAACUAUGCAAGCAACAAAAAUUUGAAGCCCAUCCUAGAAUGAAUAGUGAGAGUGAAGGAAAAGCUGCUCAUGUAGCUGAAUGGAUGACAAAUCAGCCUCAACAAUCAUUCGAUCACUCCGAUUCUUUUAAGAAUAUUACGAGAGAAUAUGGUUAUACCCGAACUGAUCGUCGACGAUCAUCGAAACGACGUUCAAGACGAAGACGCCAUCGUAAUUAUGGCCAAACAGAUAAUCGCUAUAGUCGACGAACUGAUCCUAAUUCACAUUCAGAAUAUUAUUCAUACCAAUCCAAUCGUUCUAAAAAGUAUCGCAAGCGAACCGAUGGUAGUUCAUCCAGUUGUAAUGAUAAAAUACCUCGAUCUUAUUUACCUAAAACAAAUCGUCAUUAUGAUGAUCAAUCAGAAUUCGAGGAACCACAUAUAACAAAUAACCGAUUAGUAGAUAACCGUGGACUUCCAUCGCCUACGGACACAAUUCAUUAUGAAGACCGAUGCAUUCAUCCUGUUUAUAUACCAGAGCGCCAAGCAAUCUAUGAUGAUCGACAAUUUGAAAGUAGCGAUCAUGGAAGAAUGCAUCUUCACCUUGGUAAUUUUCAUCCCACCAUUAAUAGUAAUCCACUUAUUCAUCGAAAAUAUUGUGAUGGUUGCAAUAGCAGUCAUGCUGGUGGUGCUAGCAGCAGUAAUGCUAAUCAUAGUUAUUGUCACCCACGGUAUCCAUCUUAUAUCGCUGAUGCAACAUGUCCCAUGUACGAAGGCGAUAAUCAUCCUCAAUAUGCACAUAUCUAUUCUAAUUCACCUCAAGUCGUUCGCGUUACUAUACCUUCACCUAAGGAUAGCUAUCAUCCUCAUCAUCAUCAUCAUCAUCAUCAACAACAUCAUCCACAACCAUUACAGCAGCAACGUAUUAUCGAAUCAGCGGAUCCUUACUAUAUGCAAACUGCUAAUAAUGAUUGCAGCCCGAUUGAGCCAACUACAACGCCAGCUGGAGGUCAUGGCCAAUUAGCAUUAGCUUAUUCCAAUGAACUACCUCUAACUUCACCAGAUCAUGAUACUAACACUUUAAGCCCAAAUAAUAGGCAAUAUAGUUUAAUGAAUACUGGGGAGCCUGAUACCGAUCUUCCGUUACAAGAAUGCGAAAGAAAUUAUAUUAGCGAUUAUGAUGAAAAGAAUGAACGUAACGAGGAGAGGCAAACAGACAGUAUUGAUAUUGAUAAUACGUCCCGCCGAAGUAGGUUAUCACCGCCUGAGGCAGAUGAUUAUAAACGUAUAGAAACUAGAACAUGA